CAUGGUGCAACAUUUUAUUGCAGGUUGGAGUUGCAUUCAUUCAUUUCCUUUCAUUCCCCAGAGCACUGGUGACACAUACGACUCCCCACUGCAGUGGGCACACUCCAAUGCUGACUUCCAGAGCCAAAGGUGCAGCUCAGCCUGUUAGUUGUCUUUCUGGUAUCUCUAAGCAUCCAGCCAGAGUGCCAGCCAUCAAGAAGCAGUAUGCGUCCAUCAGUGCCAAGUAUAAAGGUGAGCUGUGGGAAGAGAUGGGGCAAGAGAGAGAAGGAGAUCAGGAAUACAGAGGUACCCAUAUCUUUGCCAAUCUGGAUGUGUUCAACAGCAUUGUUGAAAGACCCUCUGGCAUCUGGUUAGCCCCUGUGAGAACAGGAUGCUGGACUCGGUGGGUGGCUGGCUGGCUUGAUCCAUCAGGGUUCCUUUUUUGUUCUUGUGGAAACCUACAUUUCUCAGUCACCAUCACAACUUUCUUCCAAGAGUACUGCUAGCAUGCGAGACAGUGCAUUGUUAAUAAAUAAUUCCUUGUUAAUAAAUAAUAAUAAAUAAUAAAUGUUAUUUAUAUCCUGCCCUCCCCAGCCGAAGCUGGGCUCAGGGCAGCUAACAACAAUAAAAUAAUACAACAUUCUAAAAUCAUUUCAUUAUAAAAUUAAUUCAAAUCAAAUUGAUGGCAACCAUUGGGCUAGAGUUCUGUGAAGAUUGCCAAAGGAGGGAGUCAGGCUAAUAAUAUUUUUUUUCCCUUUUGUUUUCCUUUUCCUGUGGCUGGUAUGUCACCACUGCCGUUGUCCUACCAGGGUAACGCUUGUUUAAAGGGGAUGAAGGAAGGGGGUUGGGAAAUUACAGGCAGAGCAUAGGUGGUUGAGUAAAAUGGGAAAUCUUCUCUGGCUUGAAUUAUAGUCCGAGCCACAGAAGAAUUCAGGUGCCUUGUAAUGCUCAUUUCCUAUUGCAAUGCAAAUAUCCUGGCCCAAGGCUAGCGAGAUUUUACCAGAGGGAGAAGAAAAGUAUGUUGUGGGACUUCCAUCAGCCCCAGCCAGUCUGGUUCAAUGGUCAGAGAUGAUGGGAGUUGCAGUGCAGCAACACCUGGAGAUCAAACACAUCCAUUCUUAAGGAAAUUAGCCCUGAGUGCUCACUGGAAGGACAGAUCAUGAAGCUGAGGCUCCAAUACUUUGGCCACCUCAUGAGAAGAGAAGACUCCCUGGAAAAGACCCUGAUGUUGGGAAAGAUGGAGGGCACAAGGAGAAGGGGGAGAACGACAGAGGACGAGAUGGUUGGACAGUGUUCUCGAAGCUACAAACAUGAGUCUGACCAAACUGUGGGAGGCAGUGGAAGACAGGAGUGUCCGGCAUGCUCUGGUCCAUGGGGUCACGAAGAGUCAGACACGACUAAACGACUAAACAACAACAACAACAACACCUGGAGAGCUGUAGCUCCACAACCCAAUAUAUUAUUCAAUAUAUUAUUCAACACAAUAUAUUAUUCCAUUUUGCCCUUUUACUAUUACCCAGUGUGGCAGCUCAUAAUCUGCAAAUGCUAAUGGUUCCGGGUUGUCUUCCCAUUAUUUUAUUCCCCCCCCCCCUUGUGGUUCUCUUGCAGGGCCAGGACUUGGGAAGUAUGGUAGGCAGCCUCUCACUGGCAUUAAGGACCAUGACUUCACCAAGUAUGCUGAGCCAGCCUACACAAUGCGUGUGAAAUCCAGUGAAAGAUGUAAGAUGCUGACAAGUUAGGUUCUGUGUUAUUUGGGUUUUCCCAACAGUAUUAACUGACCCACAGGGUGAAGCUGGCUAAACAACUGUUAAAUUUGCUGGCAAAACAUUUGAACAGAGAUUGACAACCUGUGUUUUUGGGACUCUCUAAUUAUCGGGGCCACAGUUGGGUAGACCCACCUCCAAAUAAUUCCAUUGUGACACAGUGUCAGGAAGCAGGUGUAAAUAGCUUGUUUCAGAGGGAGAGAUUCUGAUGAACUUUGAACACGUUUGGGCUAUGCCAGGGUCAGGUAAUUGGGGAGGGGGACUAGAUAGCUCUUGACUUAGGAAAGCCCUCCUUUGUGAGACAGGGGUCUGCCUUGGUUCUUGGCAAAAUCCUUUCUCUAUUCUUCCUCCUUCCAGUGUGCAUUACUAGUGUUUUAUUUUUAUUUCUAAGGAACUGGCUAGCAUAGGGUGAAGUGUUUCUCACCCCACCACUUAAUUCGCUUUCUGUUGCAGAAGAUUAUUGGGAAGAAGGCUAAGAUGCUCUUUUUGCUCAUAUAAGAAACAGUUUUAUAAUUUUAUAAGUAUUACCUUUUUUUUUUUACAAAGCUCCAUAAAUAUUUAUUUUUCUUGCUACUUGCUACUACACUGAGAAUGAAAUGCAAAAUGAGAGAGCUGUUUUUAAUAUUGUGUUUUACCAGUGUAUAUUGAAGAGCCUUCCAAAGAGUGAAUUUAUAGGGCAGUCUAUGUAACUUGCUUACAUGUUACUUGCUUUGCGUAAGUAAGUAAAUAAAUAAAUAAAUCCAAUUUAGAUCGCAGUUUUGGAUUUUGUCAGCUUGGGAUGACUAAUGUACCUUCUAACAUGCCUAUCAUCAAACCACAUCAAACCACAUAUCUCAAUUGAUAAAUGUAGGCUACAUUGAUUAUGUUCAUGAGCUCUGUGCAUCCCUUCCUCCUCCAUACCCAGGUGAUUCAAUGUAGGAAAGGGAGAGUGAGACUGGGCUGCUUAGGUAUCGUUUUCUAUCCUAACCUCUUAUUUGCUGCAUGCAGCACCAUUUCUGUUCUGCUACAGUUUGUCUCCUGCCAGCAAAUAUGUUAUUUGUCUUGUUGUCUGCUGGUGGUGAAAUUAUGGCACUUCACAUCAGUCUCGAGGUUGAGGGUGCCUCCUGCCCACAACACAUACGCAGAAUUUCCUCUAAGAAAAAUGCUGGUUCUUAGCUCUCUCCUCCUAAUCUAGAUGAGCACCACAAGCCAAAAACCACUUUCUUGGGAAGAAGACUCACUGAACUCACUCACUCAGAAUGCAUAAGAACCAGGCUCUAAACUGCUUUUUUUCAAUGUAUUAUUUAUCCUGUAAUAGGAAUGUUUCCCCACUAUUCUAUUCUCCUAUAAACCAGAUGGGAACUAAGCUGACCUCCUUUCUCUCAUUUGUUUGCUGCUCUUGCUCCAUGUAUCAUUUUUACAGCACUUCCAGCCAACUUUAUCCAACCUCUUUGCAAGUGCAUGAGUGAAAUAUUAUUAUUAAUAUUAAUAAUUCAAUUUUUAUAUAAUCUUUUAGCAAAAGAUUUCAGGGUGGUGUACAACAUUAGGAACACAUUACAAAACAUCAAUGAUAAAACAUACUAAAAACAUAGUAAGAAGCAUACUGACAAACAGUCUAAUAGUAAAGGUAAAGGGACCCCAGACCAUUAGGUCCAGUCGUGACCGACUCUGGGGUUGCAGCGUUCAUCUUGCUUUAUUGGCCGAGGGAGCCGGCGUUUGUCCGCAGACAUGUGGACCAGCAUGACUAAGCCGCUUCUGGCAAACCAGAGCAGUGCACGGAAACGGCGUUUACCUUCCCACCAGAGGGAACCUAUUUAUCUACUUGCACUUUGACGUGCUUUCGAACUGCUAGGUUGGCAGGAGCAGGGACCGAGCAACGGGAGCUCACCCCGUCACGGGGAUUCGAACCUCCGACCUUCUGAUUGGCAAGUCCUAGGCUCUGUGGUUUAACCCACAGCACGUCCUUAAAACAUAGUUUUAUAAAAUUAAAACAUAGUAAGAAGCAUACUGACAAACAGUCUAAUAGUAAAGAACCAUAACGGUCCUUUCUUGCACUUUCACAGGCCAUAGAUUAUUUACUAGCCAUAAACUUUGGUAAACUGGAAUGUUUUUACCUGAUGUCUAAAGACAUGCAAUGAUGUCUACACCACUUUGUUUGCUACCCAGGAGCGGAACCACACUUUAAAUCAAACAUGGAGCCAAGGAAAUGAACUCAAGUCCAGCAUCCAGGAGGGACUCCAUGUUUAUUGUAACUAUUGCAAUAGGGCAGAGAUCAACUUAACGUGGUUGUCCUCUGCCAUGAGGAGAAUUAGAACAAGGCUUAUACAGGCAGCACACAAAGAGCCAUAAAAAACAUCUAAACAUUCUUAAAACAAACAUCCUUCUACAUACAACAGGAAAGGUUACAGGUCAUGAGAAGUAAAGCACACAUGGCUCCUUAUUGGUAUCCUCACCCCCACAAUAACCUUGCAGUGGCCUACAUGUGCCCAGGCCUUUGGCCUCAAAUGUCCCACUUCUGUCACCAUUGCCCUGGCAACCAGGUCUUCAUCAGUAUUGUUUACAUUCCAGUCCCUAUUUCACUUCCCUUCAUUCCUGAGCCAUCUCAAAAAGUUUCUACUUGGAUUUACACUUUGAUGCUAAUGAGAACCAGUGCUUUUUUCUAUAAAAAUAGGUGCAUGUACUCACCACGAAGUUGUUACAGUAAGUGCCACAUUUUUAACUACAAAAAAAGAGUUACAGGUACUGUGUAUCCUUGAGUAACACCUGAAAAAAAAGAACUGAGAACAACAUCCUUAAUGACCAUUUGUACCAUUUUCAGGGUAGAUAGGGUUUCUUGUUUAUGGCCUAGAGAGCAUAAGGUUGUAAAAUGCAGGCCACAUGAACCUCACACAGAAAACAAAUAUUUCCCUUUCUGCAUUCUAUCCAAGAGGUGAAAUGCAGUUAACAGUGAAACAAUGAAGAACUAUAUAUAUACACACACACACUUGGGUCUCUAAUUCUUAUAUCAGCACCAGGUGAGCUUCUCUGGGGAAAGCAUUCCAUAUCAGGGACCCAGCAUAGAAAAGGUCCAUUCUCUUGUUGCCACCCUCAAAAUCUUUCUGGGAGGAGUGGCAUAGAGAAGGAGCCUCAGAGACUAGAACGGUGCAGGUCUGGAUCAGUUUGUAUGGGGAGAAGUGGCCCUUAAGGGUCCUGAGCCGUGUAAGGCUCAACAUUAGCACUUUGAAUUGGGCCCGGAAACUAAUCGGUAGUCAGUGCAACUGUGCCAGGAUUGGUGUUAUAUGCUCAAACCAUCUUGUUCUGGUGAGCAAUCUGGCCAUUGCACCAGCUGAAGUUUCCAAACCGUCUUCAAAGACAGAAUAUGUAUAACAUGUUGCAGUAAAUCAACCUAGAGGGUACCAGAGUAUAGGCCACAGAAGUGAGGCUAUCCCUGUGCAGAUAGGGGCGUAGCUGGGCCACAAACUGAAGCUGGCAGAAGGCUCUCUGUGCUACUGAGGCCACCUGGGCCUCUUGGGACUGGGAAUGAUUUUUGCCUGGAGAGCUUAUGCCAGUGUUGGCAAUUUUGAUCUAGAUGGACUAAUGGUUCUGAUAUAAGGCAGCUUCCUAUAUUCUGAGAAAUGACAAUGGAUUCCAAAGCUGUGACAUGAGCUGCUGUCGUAGAAUCCUAGUUCUGUAAUUUGAAUGACUGCUAAAAAUACCAGAAAAUUAAAGUUUGGUUCAAUUACCCUUACCCUUUCCCCAUACUUAAUAUAGGCUGUUCACUUUUUUAAAAAUAAUGCUUUUACAGCUCUGUAUGCCAACCUAGCAGUUUGAAAGCACGUCAAAGUGCAAGUAGAUAAAUAGGUACCACUCCGGCGGGAAGGCAAAAGGCGUUUCUGUGAGCUGCUCUGGUUCGCCAGAAGCGGCUUAGUCAUGCUGGCCACAUGACCUGGAAGCUGUACGCCAGCUCCCUGGGCCAAUAAAGCGAGAUGAGCGCCGCAACCCCAGAGUCAGCCACGACUGGACCUAAUGGUCAGGGGUCCCUUUACCUUUAUGUUUAUCUUUUUAACCAUUAAUUCAUCAAACACCUUUUUUAAAUGUGUGCAUGCGUAAAACUUCUAAAGUCUGGAAAAGGAAAGCUUUCCAUAUGUAAGACAGCUUCCAAAUUAGCCUCUGUUCUUAAAAUGCAUUUUUCUUUAGUCUUUGGUAAAAUUUAGCAUGGUAGGUCCUUAGCAGCAUCAAGGUAAAGCCUAUUGGCCAUGACCACCUGGCAGAUUAUUUUGGGACCUAAAAAGGAGCUAUCUUAAGACAGGUAAUAAAUUAUACAUUGUACCGGGAAGAGACGAUGACCUCGUUGGGGCUGGGGCAAGAGGUUUUUGAAAAGAGCCAGGACAGGGAGGAGAUCGAAGCAAGCCCAGCGCCUGUGCCCCGAGCUCGGUGGGUGGGCAGUCCCUGCUUCGAGCUGCGGAUGUGAGGGAAUAGUAGAAGAGGGAAGAAAGCGUCGCCGGCGCCAUUUUAGGAGAUGGAAAUAACUAGCGGAAGUGCCUCCAUGUAGAACUCCAUGGUGGAAGAGAGGAAAAAAAGCGCAGCCAACAUCAUUUUAGGAGAGGGAAAUGAUCCCAGGGACGCUGUAAGCAGCAGUUGCUCUGUUUCCAGUCAAUAAAAAUUGAUUGCAAGGUGUGCUUCAUGGCAUAACUUUCACGUGCAAUAGAGGCCUCGAUGCAGUGGCGAUACAUAAAUAUCUUUAAAGGUGCCACUAGAGGGCGACACCUAACAGCAAUCACCUUGUGGUCCUGUGAACACUAAGCAAAAUACUGAGAAGCAAAUUUAUUAGAAACCCCUAAACUGGUGUCUUGUCAUUACUGGGAGGGGAUUCCAAUUUUUGUGCUUCUGAUGGUAUCGUGUCAUAUUUAUGUCUGAUAAUUUCGAAAAGCAAGCAAACCACCCCAAACCAAGGAAACCACCACAAACAGAAACUACUUGAAAAGAACCCAAAGAAAAAAGCAAAUUCAUUAGAAACCCUCAAACCAGCAUAAACUGAUAUGCAAAUAUUGUGUACAUGUUAUGUUUCUAGUUAUUUUGCUUUUCCUUGUGUUGCAUGUUCAGUUUAGGGUGGUUCCGCUUCUCCUCAAUGAUUAUGACGGUUUUUUCUGUGGUUUGGGUUAUUCUGCUUCUAUCGUGUUUUGUGGAGAAUUUGGCAUUUUGGCGGUGGCUUUUCACCAUUUUUGUGUCUCCUCCGGUGUUUCGUCAUUUCUGGGGUGGGUUUCCAAUUUUUGCCCUUCUGAUGGUAUUAGUGUCAUGUUUAUGUCUGAUAAUUUUGAAAAGCAAGUAAACCACCCCAAACAAGGGAAACCACCCCAAACAGAAACUACAUGAAAAGAACCCAAAGAAACAAGUUAAAUACUGAAAAGCAAUUCCACCAGAAACAACCAAACCAGUGUAAACUUAUCUGAUAUGUAUUGUGUGCAAGUCAUGUUUCCAGUGAUUUUGUUUUUCUUGGUGUUGUUUGUUCAAUUAAGGGUGACUCUGCUUCACCUCAAUUGGUUUUAAUGAUUCUGAUGUUUCUUCUUUGUUUUGGGUUAUUCUGCUUCUUUCAAGUUUUGUGGUGAAUUUGUCAUUAUGGUGAUAGUUUUUCAUUGUUUUUGUGUCUCCUCCGGGGUUUCCUUGGUUAGGAGUGAUUUGCUUCCUUUUUGAAAUUAUAUUAACAUAAAUUAAUUAAAUUUAUAUUAACAUAAAUUAAUAAAUUAAAUUAACAUAAAAUUGACACAAUACCAUUAGAAUCACAGAAAUCAGAAAUCUUGUUUUGUUUAGGGUUAGGGUUAAGGUUGGGUUGGGGGUUCUGUUUCGUUUAGGGUUAGUGUUGGCGGUAGCAUUAGGGUUAGGGUGAAGCUUAGGCUUAGAGUGUAUGGUUUAGGGUUAGGGUUAGGGUUAGGGUGUUAGGGUUAUGGGAAGAGGGUUUGGGUUGGGGGGAGAUGGUUAAGGUUAGUGUUAGUGGGGAAAGGUUAGGGGUUAGAAUUAGGGGAGAAGGUAAGGGUAAGAUGAAGGGGUUGUCAGGGUUAGGCAGAGGCUUAGCGUUAGGGUCUUGUUUCGUUUAGGGUUAUGAUUAGUGUUUAGUUGUGGGUAAACAUAUCAGACGACACAGCGAUUCUUCAAACAGCUCUUGUUUAUUCAGAGGCCAGAACAGAACUGAGCUGAAAGGUUCAGUCAGCCUGCUUAUAUAGAGCUCCAGUACACAUAAUUGUAACAACUUUCUAAAACUAUCCAAUCACUGAACGUCACUUUCAAUCCCUUAUUUGCAUAACUAUCUACAGUAUCCCCCUGCUGGCCCAGGGUCAGGACUUCAGUACAUAACACCCCUCCCCACCGAGAUAAGGCGUUAUUUACAAUCGUAAUGGUUUCCUUAUAUACAGCACUACACAGCAGGUUCAAUUAGGCACAAAAGCAUAUUGGUUGCAUUUCACAUACUUCCAUUAGACCAACAGUAUUACAUGUCCAACAACAUAGUCCUUUAAAUAAGUUGGGCGCUUGGAAACUCUGCCAGACUGCCGGGGAGCGGUACCCAGGUCCGGUGGGCUGCCUGAUUCUUGCUGAGGCUGUGGAGCGACCCUAGAAACCAAGUCCACUGGAACCGCUGCUGUGGGUGGAACCUCCACAAGUGGAGUUGGUGGAAUGUCAGGCACGGCAGUGGUCUGAGUCUGUGGGAAGUCUGGCAGACCCUCUGAAGCGGCUUGGUUCGGCUCCACGCCUGCAGUUUGUGAGAGAGGUGUAGGUGGAGCCUUGCCAUCUGUGUCUGUUCCAGAGCCAUGAGCGCAGUUGGGGGCACUGCGGUAGUGUCCAAGUCCCGAACCCUGCGCCUAAGCUGGUCUAUGUGCCGGCGCCACAAACGUCCGUCUUCGAGUGCCACCUGGUAUGAGCGAGGUCCAGUGACUCCCACUACUGCGGCUGGCACCCAAGGAAUGUCUCCCACAAAGUUCCGGGCAAAGACCUGGUUUCCUGGAACAAAUGAUCGUGGCGUGUUGACACAGCCUGGGGGUUCGGCCACGGCAAAGUUCGGGUGUAGCCAGUCGAGCGGAGACCUGAGGUGGUGACCCAUGAGCAGUUUGGCAGGACUCCGCCCUGUGGCCGCGUGAGGGGUGAUGUUUUGAUGUGCUGCACGAACAAGUAUUCAGCAACCCACUCAUGCCAGUCUCCCCGGUCCAAGCGCACUAGUGCCUCUUUUGCUGAGCGCACCAUUCUCUCCGCUUGCCCGUUGCGGGAUGGAUGAAAUGGUGCCGUUAGGGCAUGGCAGAUGCCCAGUCCCAAAAGGUAUUGCUCAAAAGUGCCUGAGGUGAACUGCGGUCCUUUGUCAGAGAUGAGGACAUCAGGACACCCAUGUGUUGCAAAGAGGCCUCGCAGCACCCGUAUAACUGCCUGGGUAGUGGUGGAGGGCAUCAGGGCCACCUCCAGCCAUUUGGAAUAGGCGUCCACCACUACCAUAAAGGUCCGGCCACGAAAGGGGCCAACCAGAUCGAUGUGCACCCUUGACCAGGGUGUCUUGGGCGUCUCCCAGGUGUGUCCCUUAGCUGCCGGUGGCGCAGGCCUCGAUUCUUGGCACGCUUCACAGGCGGAAACCCAGGCAGUGAUGGCAUCGUCCAUGUUAGGCCACCAGACGUAACACUAAGCCAACGCCUUCAUUUUGACGAUUCCCGGGUGGCCAACGCGCAGAGCUUCAAGGACGCGUUGACAGAGUCUUUGGGGAAUCACGACGCGGUCUCCCCACAGCAGACAGCCACGAUGAGCCGAGAGUUCGUGUUGUCUGGUUGCGAAGGGCUGGAACACCAAAAGGGCAAAAGGCCCUUGUGGCCACCCCCUCCACACCCAGUUGAGCACAUGGCUGAUGGUGUGAUCCUCGGCAGAUGCGGAGGCCACAGUGGCAGCCGAUACAGGCGCUGCCGGAAGAUCCUCAGUCAGGAGAAGCGAUGAAGCAGGAGCCGGGUCUUCCACAAAUGCUGCAAGAGGGCAACGGCUGAGGGUGAGGGCGUCGGCAUGGCCCAUCGAUUUCCCCGGGCCUAAUGGUAGGCAGCCAGGAAAACAGUCCAUCGCAGCAUGUGUGGUGAGAGGACCGGUGGAGUUGGUCGAUCACCGGCGAGGAGGCCCAGCAGUGGCUUAUUGUCGGUGAUGAGGUCGAAAGUCCUGCCGUAGAGGUAUUCAUGGAACCUCUUCACUCCAGCCACAAGUGCCAGUGCCUCCUUGUCGAGCUGGCUGUAAUUCCGUUCAGUCAGAGAUAGCGUCCUGGAAAAGUAGGCGAGCGGUGCUUCUCUUCCGUCUGGAAAACGGUGACUAAGGACAGCGCCGAUGCCAAAAG